UAUUCUUCUCUCAAUAACAAGCUCUUCUCUAUUGUCAAAUCUCUCUUUUUGACUUUUGACAACCUGGAAAACAGUGUUCAAAAAUGUUGAUGCCAAAAAAGAACAGAGUUGCUAUUUAUGAAUACCUCUUUAAGGAGGGUGUUAUGGUAGCGAAAAAAGACUACCAUGCACCAAAACAUCCUGAACUAGAUACCAUACCCAAUCUUCAGGUUAUUAAAGCUUUACAAUCUUUAAAAUCAAAGGGAUAUGUAAAGGAACAGUUCGCAUGGAGGCACUAUUAUUGGUACUUAACUAACGCAGGUAUUGAAUAUCUUCGAACAUUCUUGCAUUUGCCACCUGAAAUUGUGCCUUCAACAUUGAAACGCCCUGCAAGAGCGGAAACUACACGUCCUAGGCCCGCAGCUCUUCGGUCAGAAGGCUCCAAACCAUCAGAAGAUCGUGCUGGAUACAGAAGAACAACCGGUGGUCCUGGUGCUGAUAAAAAAGCUGAUGUUGGUCCAGGAACAGCUGAUGUUGAGUUCAGGCAGGGAUUCGGGCGUGGAAGAGCACCACAAUAGAUAGAAUUUUAUUUUAAGUUUUAUAAAAUGAUUAUCCAAUAAAAAAAUGGCACCAAUAAA